ACCCUUAUCAGGGUCACACAAUAUAAUCCCUAAUGGGUAACGGCUUUGUCGGGUGCGAGGCUGCGACGGCUCUCUGUCUCUGACUCUCGCAGAUCUCUUGUUGCCUGCCGGCGACACGAAUCAGAUGAAAAUGGACAGUGAUGCCUCAUUUCUUCCCGAAGAAAUCGUUUUAAACAUUCUCAAACGACUUCCUGUGAAAUCCCUGAUCCGAUUUCAGAGCGUGUGUAAACAUUGGAAAAAUGUAAUCAACAGCCGAUAUUUCGUAGCAGACCACCUUCACUACUCCAGUCUUCAAAACCCUUGUCUUCUUUUCCAACAGAGUUCAAUGAGCGUGCGUUUGCUCGAUUGCGGGCUGCAACUGCAAGACCGUGAAUUUCAGAACGCCCUCUUGAUCAAUUCGUUGAAGGGUGCUACUACUGGGAUCGUGGGAUCCUGCAAUGGCGUGCUCUGUGUUGAAAUACAUCGUUGUAAUGUAUCUCCUCCUUCCCUUUUAUUGUGGAAUCCUGCGAAUAGAGAGUUUAGACAUGUGCCUAGAACCAGAAAAUAUAUUGACUCUGAUGAUUGCAUGGUAGGAUUUGGAUAUAGUCCAAUUGUUGAUGAUUACAAGAUAGUGAGAACUUAUUCAGAGUUUGAUGAUUCGGUUAAUAGGGUGGAAGUGUUUUCAUUAAGGAGAGGGUCAUGGAGGGGAAUCAAUAUUGGGAACUUAAAGGGGGUGAAACUUCAUUCUGAAACUGUCACGGCUAAUGGUGCUAUAUUUUGGUCUGGAUUAAAGCUAGGUUUGGAUAAGGAUGAAUAUGAUAUUGAGGAACAUGAAGACGAUAUUGAGGAGUCUGAAGAUGAUAUUAGGGAGGGUGAAGGUGAUACUGAGGUGAUAGUUUCAUUUGACAUAGCAAAGGAAGUCUUUACAUUGAUGCCGAGGCCUGAUUUGGACCAUAAUGCAGAAGAAAAGCUUGCUGUUUAUCAGGACAGGCUUGCUAUACUUUUUGACAUUUGGGAAGAUGAUGGUCACGACAAUGAUGACGGCAUGUCAAGUUUGAUUGAAUUGUGGGUGAUGGAGAAGGGUCCAAAUGCAUUCGGGGAGGGAUGGAAUUGGACUAAAUUAUAUACUGGCAGUCCCUCUUCAUUAUAUCCGAUGGCUAUUUGGAGGAAUGAAAUUGUCUGCAAAUCUUCUUCUGAAGAGGAUGAAGAUGAAGGCAGAAAUGAUCUAUAUCUGUUGAAUAUCUCUACUAAUGAAACUAAGGGGUUUGAUAUUCCCAGAUGGGUCGAUGCUCAUAGCACAUACAAUUAUGCAGAAAGCCUUGUCUCGAUUUGCAACUUCCGCUGAUGUUAUAUCUCAACUGUUACAUUGCAGAUUUAUUUUGUUCAAGUACUUUUAGUGAAAAGGAAUAACAGUUUAGAUCAUUUUGUACCUACAAUAUUUGAUGGCUUUUGAAGAUGUUAUCUCUAAUGAUAAAUGCAGAUAUUUAACAUCAGAUGUGCCUGUGAUUUGGGACUUGUUAUCCAUUAAUAUACCAAUUUUUCUUUUUAGUUAAAAAUAUAUCACUGAUUUUAUUAUCUUGUAUGAGAGUCAAAGAAAUUAAUUGAUGCCUAUGUCCCUCGCUCAUUGCUCUAAAUUAAAAGUAUCUUUCUUUCUAAUUUUCCUUCCCUCUGCUCCUUCCACUCCAGAUUUAUCUUCGUCAGCCAAAGGUGAUUGAGGUUAUCUGGUAAUGAUUUUCAAUUUCCUUGCUUGAUGAUGUUAUUUGAAUUAUUCACAAUUGAUAUAGUUGUUGUUAUAUGUUACUGCUUUAUUUAAGGGCUUUCUUGUCUUUAUGCAUGAUUUUAUUACUGCCUCUUUAUCUGUUGCUGAAUGUUAGAAAAGUAUUGACAGUGUAGGACCUUACACGUGUUUAGGUUUAGGGUAUAUGUGCUGUGCCCUGUCUCUUUGAUCAUUUUAUCAAUGGAAUAGUCUCUUUCUUCCUCCUUUCUUCUCCCCCCUUUUUCUCUCUUAUCAGUUGUUCUAUUUGCUUACUUUGCCUUUUGUAUUUCUGCUGUCUUCCAUUUUGGAAUAAUGAAUGCAUUUUCCUCUUGCUUUGGUUGAGUUCAAGUUUUUUUCCCUCUCAUAUUACCUUUUUGAUAUUUUAAGCUGCAAUCUUUGAUUAGAUGUUGAACCUUCCAUUGGAAGUGGACAUUGUUAGUUUUAUCUGUCAAAUUUCGUUAUGACACCACAAUAUGCUUUGAAAUUUUGUUCAUUCAUAAACAUAAAUAUGCCUAAGCUUGUUGUCAUGGAUUGAAUUGCAAAUUUUGAAACUUUAGUUGUUUGUGUGUACAUGAACUGUUAAUCUGCUAUAGUCUUCAGCGGAAGUAGGUAUUUGUGGGCAAAGUGAAAAUAUUGAAAGACGAUAGUGACAUUUAUUGAAGGUUAAUUCAAAUUCAAUGUAAUUUAAAAUUAGACUUAGUCUUUGUUCUGUUAUCUGCUUGAUCCUUAUUUUUCAAGACCAUAGGUAGUUGUUUGUAGUCGUGAAAUCUGUCAUUUGUUGAGGUACUUUCUGGUAUUUUACAUUUGGUUUUCAAGCCAAUAUAUAACGCCUGUCAGCUCCGCAAUAUAUCAGCCUUUGUUCCGCAUCUAUUUUUCUCUAUAUUUUUCAUGCACUGUGUCCACAUAAAACUUGCAUCUUUGUAUGAAGCAGCAUUUGAUUCCAUAAAGUGAUAAUCUUGUAAUUUAUUUAUCGAUGUUUAUUGUGUUUCUAUCCUAUUGUUCUGUGUGUCGGUUUCUGAUUGAGAUUGCUGUAUAUGAUUACACGUUGAGCUUCCCAAAAUUGUAAUUUCUGCAUUUGCCACUUAUUUCUAAUUCUGUAUAGGUUAACUCAACAGACCAGGACAAUGGCUUGCGUUGGCUUGAUUAUUUACUGCUUAUUUCAUCGCUUACUCUAAAGCUACUUAUUCUGUCAUUAUAUUAGUUAGUUAGUUGACUAGUUGUAACUAAGUUUGUUAAGUAUGUACAGUUUAAUUAUCUGGUCAUGACCUUUGUCAGUCUCCCAUUGAUGCUUUGUUUUGUUUCCUGCCUAGGAACAUUGUAACAAUUGUGCAAGAUUAUCAAUUCACAGUCGCUUUAUAAUUUCUGCAA